AUGGCACUAUCGAUGACUCUGAAGCCGCAGCGGAAGAAGUGGAGGCUGGGACCGACGUACGCCAUCCACUCGGCGUUCAAGAAGAAGAAGAACGCCACUCGAAUCGCAUCUCUUCGGGUCCUGGCUCUUCAAGCGACGAUUCCGACCUAUCGGAGCCCCCAGAACUUGGCGAAUCUCCAGAGCCUUCCACUCGACACACUCCAGAGCGUCCCGCCCAGGAAACUCCAGAGCCUCCCACUCGACAGGCUCCGGAGCAUCCUUUCAACCGCCCCUGAAGCUUCUAAUGCUGAUGCCAAGUCCGCGAAGAAGAGAUCUUAUGAGCAAGACCUGGACCUAGAAGCGGAGUGGAAUGAGUCUCCGCCGAAAUCAUCCAAGAAAGCCAACAGAGAGCGUCAUGGAGGAUACGAAGCGAGGGAGGGAAUGUCCGGGGAAAUGACCAAGAAGACGGCCAAGGUGAAGGGCAUGGAGAUGGGCAGGAAGGGCAGGGAGGUGGUUCAAGAGAGACUCGAAGAGAGACCCGAAGAGAUGAUCGAGAGAGUACCGAAAAGGUUAGUGCCGCUGCCCUUCCCAGAACUUCGCUAUUGUGACAGUUCCUGCACCAAGAGUACUCUCACCAUGUCGACCACCCCAAGAAAGCCCUUCUUCUAUGCCCUCUUCCCAUGCACUGACCUCCCCGACCAGACUCCAGUUCCAUCAAACGCGAGCACAACUCCACGAUACCCUAGGCCCGACCCGCCACGGCCGCCAAACUACCUCUUCCACAUCACCCUAGACGGCACGUCCGACCCCCAGAUAACACGCCAGCUCUCAAUCCCCUCCACCUACACCUUCCGCCAACUGACCGCCGCGCUCCGCAUCGCGUUCGGCCACCUCUUCACGUCCAGGCUCGGCACCAGGAUCAAGUUCCUCGUCCGCAACAUCCACGACGACCCGCCGUACGGCCGCCCCUACGAAACGUUCCGCUUCUAUCUCCGGCGCGGAGAGUGCGGAGGCUGCGACAACGGCACCCAUAGCGCCGACGAAGACGACGACAGAGAUGCUGGCUGUAGGCGGGUGGCGGAGGUGGUGAGGUUUGACCCCAGUCACGUGAUGGAGUGCAUGGACAGGGAGAGCGGGUGGAGGUUCUUUGUGGAGUACGUGGGCCGUGCGGACGGCCCUGGGUAUAACACCCCUUGGCCGUUUUGUGUUGGUGGCAUGGGCUGCUCGGCGCUUGGUGAGGAUGCGGCUCACUGGCAGCGGAUCAAGGAUGCGCAUCAGGCUGAGCUGCCGAGUCGAGAGCAGACGCGGCUGAAGGCGCUGUAUUCGUGGCCGCCGUAUGGCUUGGGCGGUGCGUAUCCGCACAGGUGGAAUCCGGAUGAGGUAAAUCGACUGUUUCAGCAGUCGAUGAGGCCGGAGUGA